AUCUUCUCCUCUCUUCACUUAGCCCUUUCUGGCUCUCCAACUCUGUUUCAGAACAAGCCCUCUGUUCCCAGGUUUCUGCUCUAAUCAACAGUUAAAAUGCCAAAGGUGAAGACUAAUCGGGUUCGAUACCCUGAAGGUUGGGAGUUGAUUGAACCCACUCUUAAUGAGUUACAAGCUAAGAUGAGAGAAGCUGAAAACGAUCCAAAUGAUAAUAAAAGAAAAUGUGAGGCAUUAUGGACCAUUUUUAAGAUAGCCCAUCAGAAGAGUCGCUACAUCUUUGACCUUUAUUACAGGAGGAAGGAAAUCUCCAAGGAAUUGUACGAGUUUUGCUUGGAUCAGGGCUAUGCUGACAGGAACUUAAUUGCAAAGUGGAAAAAGCCUGGAUAUGAACGUCUCUGCUGUCUACGCUGCAUGCAACCUCGUGAUCAUAAUUUCCAGACGACAUGCGUUUGCAGAGUACCUAAGCAUCUAAGGGAGGAGAAGGUUAUAGAGUGUGUACAUUGUGGCUGCAGGGGUUGUGCCAGUGGGGAUUGAGCAGAGCAGAUAGUUUGACUUGAUCUUGGCUGAUAUGUCAUGAAAGUGAAAUAUGUGCCAUUCUACCUGAUAAUUUAUCCGGUUAGUGGAGGCAAUGCUAUAGAUGGUGGCUUUCGAUUACAAGGACCAGCUAUUCUGUGGUAUUUAUCCCAUUUUUACCUGAAAAGGUUUGUUCAGCAGGGAUGUACUGAACCUUAAAAUUAUGUCUGCUGGUGAUUCUGAUCUAGGCCCCGACAAGUCAACUGUUUAUCUAAAGAAGCAAACAUCACUCGAGAAGCCAAGAAAGCUUCCUACUGAGUCUUUCAAAGUAGGACUUAAUUGGUGAUCGAGUACUAUAGACCACUAUUAUCCGCAAGGUACAACAGAAGAUUGGUACGGUUAAACCAGUCUAAUAAAUAAAUUGACAGGCAUGUUGUGAGAUGUCAUAUUGUAUUCUCCAAGUUUAAGAACAACAGUACCUACAUUAGAUGUUGGUAUUUUGUACAAGGUCGGAGGCACAUUCUGUUAUUAUUUGCAUUUGUAUUUGAUGUU